CUUGCAGUGCGAUUAUUUAAGUAGUUAUGCAAAGUUCGCGGCGUGUGCAGAAGGAAAAUUUGCUCUAUUCCUUGAAGAGAAGUGAGUUUGCAAGGAAAUAAUUUAGUGCGGUCCUGACAGUGUUUUGCGUGUGCAAUGUGAGUGUGAAACCCAUGAAAUAUGUCCUGCCGACCCUGAGAGUCAACAACGCAAUGAAGAAAAAGGAAAAAGGAUGACGAUUCCCGAUCAGUCUUCUUUGUGGAUGACUACAUAGGAGGAUAAUUAUGGCUAAUGGAAAUCAUUCGGCAUUAAGUCUGUUCUUUAAGGUCGGCGUUGAAAUUUGGUGGCCAGCCGAGGCGAAUUGCGACACAUUUCCUUAUCAGUCUCACUCGAGGGAUGGUCGAGCAUCAGUGACACGCGAGAUACGAAACCUGACUGAUCGCCGGCUAGACGCUUUAACUAUAUUCGUGAGAGAUUAAAAUUUCGCCAAAGUGAAGCCGACUAGAAAAAAUUUUCACACCAUGGACUCUGAAAAGUACAGAUUACGCGAAGCCAAAAGCCAGUACGGUACUUUAGAGAACGAGAUGGACGCGAAAGGACCUUUGCACACCACCCUGCCCCUCGGCCUGGGCGACGAAUCGGUCAAGGUGGCUGCCAACGGGAAUAGUACCGACUCGGCUAUUUCUAGUGGUGAGCACUGCCAUAAAUACAGAGGAAAUCUGGUUGACAAAAAAGCCCGAAGACAGUUAAUUGUGGCAAGCAUCCUUUGUCUACUUUUCAUGCUGGGAGAAGUCGUGGGAGGCUGGCUGUCAAACAGUUUAGCCAUCGCCACAGACGCAGCUCACUUGUUGACAGACUUUGCCAGUUUUAUGAUCUCACUUUUCUCCCUUUAUGUAUCGGCAAGACCUGCAACUCGGCGAAUGAGUUUUGGUUGGUACAGAGCAGAGGUUCUUGGAGCACUGUCGUCAGUUUUGUUGAUCUGGGUUGUGACUGCCGUUCUCGUGUACUUGGCGAUUUUGCGCAUCAUUACCGACGACUAUGAAAUAGAUGCAACAGCCAUGCUCAUUACCUCUGCCAUAGGAGUUGCUGUGAAUAUUGUCAUGGGAGUAACUUUACACCAACAUGGUCACGGGCAUUCUCACGGACCUUCUCACGGGCAUUCGCAUGGCAGUGAUGGCAGUGAUUCUCAUCAUGAUGAGGGCUCGGAAGACAAUAUUAAUGUCAGAGCGGCUUUUAUUCACGUGGUUGGAGAUUUCAUCCAGAGUGUGGGCGUCUGCACGGCAGCGUUCAUAAUUUAUUUCAAACCUGAGUGGCGCAUAGUCGAUCCUAUUUGCACAUUCUUGUUCUCCAUCUUGGUGCUGAUGACCACUUUUGCAAUUUUGAAAGACACCCUCCGUGUGCUAAUGGAAGCCACUCCUAAAGGUUUAGAAUUUUCCGAUGUGCUGGAAACAUUGCACAAGACGCCCGGUGUCUUGCGAGUGCAUAAUGUCAGAGUCUGGGCAUUGAGCAUGGACAAAAUCGCUCUCUGUGCACACAUUGUUGUUGUUCCAGGGGCUCAAUCAGAAAAAGUUCUUCGAAACGCUGAAGCAGCUAUCAGAAGGCGCUACAAAGUGUUCGAGCUUACCCUUCAAGUGGAGCCCUUUGUUGACAGCAUGGACUGCUGUGAACAGUGCGUUUGCCCCUGAAGUAAAAAUUAAAAAUGACCCAGUUAUUUUAUAAAAAUUAAACUCUUGUAUCAAGCAUUUUUAAUUUUUAUACGUCGGGGUGACGCUUAAUUUACCCAACUUUUAGUAUGUAUGUUUUGCAUUUCUCUAAUUGAGAGCUGCAGUGACUUUGUAAUGAUUGAAAACAGCAUGUUUUGUUAACAGUAUUUUAUUUUAAAAGAGUGCCUUUCACUACUCAUUGUCAGUGUCAAUUCAAGCAAAAAUAAAAAUUAUUUUACAAUUUAGA